CUCUACACCAUUGCAUCAUGGAGGGCCUUUUCUACAACGUCAAAUACGGCUACAUCGAGGGCGUUGUGCGCGGCUACCGCAAUGCGCUGCUCACUAGCCAGAACUACAGCAACUUGACGCAAUGCGAGACCAUCGACGAUGUCAAGCUGCAGCUCUCGCCAGCGUAUGGGGACUUCCUCGCCUCCCUGCCUCCCAACCCGUCAACAUCUGCGCUCGCCGCCAAAACCACCGACAAGCUUGUCGCCGAGUUCCGCUACAUCCAGGCCAACGCUACCGGCUCGCUCUCGAAAUUCAUGGAGUACCUGACCUACGGCUACAUGAUCGACAAUGUUGCGCUGCUGAUUACGGGUACGCUGCACGAGAGGGACACGCGCGAGCUGUUGGAGAGAUGCCAUCCUCUUGGCUGGUUCGAGACCAUGCCAGUGCUGUGCGUGGCCACAAAUAUCGAAGAGCUUUACAACUCUGUUUUGAUCGAGACCCCGCUUGCGCCUUACUUCAAAGGCUCGCUCAGCCACCAAGACUUGGACGAACUGAACAUCGAGAUCAUCCGUAACACGCUGUACAAGAACUACCUCGAGGACUUCCACAACUGGAUCAACACCGAUUCGGAGAUUGCUGGAACACCGACCUCAGAUGUCAUGUCUGAGGUUCUGGAGUUCGAGGCCGAUCGCAGGAGCAUCAACAUCUCACUGAACUCGUUCGGCACCGAGCUGUCCAAGGCAGACAGGAAGAAGCUGUACCCAGCUCUUGGCAAACUGCACCCAGAGGGAACUAUGAUGCUUUCACGAGCAGAUGAUGUCGAGGGCGUCCGCAUUGCUGUGGAGAGUGUUGCAGAGUACAAGAGCUUCUUCGACCAGACCGGACUUAGCCAGGGUGGUGGCGGCGCCGUUGGUAACAUGUCGGGUGGCACAGGCGGAGAGUCUAAGAGCUUGGAAGACUUGUUCUACCAGAAAGAGAUGGAGAUCUCGAAGUUGGCUUUCACCCAUCAGUUCACGCACGCUGUUGUUUAUGCGUGGGUCAAGCUCCGCGAACAGGAAAUCCGCAACAUUACCUGGAUAUCUGAGUGCAUCGCGCAAAACCAGAAAGAGCGCAUUGGUAACUACAUCAGUGUGUUCUAAGCGCAACGUGCAGCGCACAUGUAGCAUAUUUGAUUUGACCAUGCAGCGUAUUGGGUGGCGUCAAGGUUCGGUUCGUAUAUCCAGACUCGAUUCAUUAGAAUGUACAUGAUCGUGAUGCGUUGUUUGCCCUCUCACUUGCUAUCAGCUGCCUGUGUGGCAGGUGACGACUUCUUCACUCAUCGAUUUCUGCACGCGCUCCUUGCC